AUGGCCACCAGCGGGAACUCUAUUAGAACAGCCGUUGAUUUAGACAACUUAAUUAAAGAAUAUACGUAUUUUGAAAAGGUAAUGAGACACACUGCACAGGAAAACAGCUGCCUAGAGAAGGAAGUACGAUCCCUUAAUAAGCAGCUUCAGUCCAGCCAGGAGGCUGAAAAGUUGUCCAUAGAAGAAGCUGGAAAGUUCAAGGCUAUGGUAGACAAUCUUCAGAGGAUCCUUUUACAAAGAUGUGACAAAGAAGAGGAGAACGCGGAACUAAAGUCACACUUGACUGCAGUUACAGAAAAAACAGCCCGUCUUGAACAGGAACACAAAACUGAACUUUCUGAAGCACUUAAGAAUCAUAAGCAAGAGAUUCAGAGGGUUAGACAAGAGGAACUUCAACAAAAUAGGAAGGUAAUCACAACACUGGAGAAGUCCCUACAAGGAAAGGAAAGUCAAAUACAGCAACUCGAGAAGCAGCUGGCUGAUAUGAGUCACUUGCACCAAACAGAAAUAGUCAAGCUUCGCUUAGAGUUUGACGAAAAAAUAUUAAAACUGCAACGUGAAAGAAAUAAUGCCAAAGCUCAGGCUGGCCAAUCGUUUAAUGCCAACACCGACAUUUUCCGAAAGAAACUUCAGUUUGCCAAAGCCGAGGCACAAAAAGAAAUAAACUCCUUGAAAAGUCAAGUCGCCGAGCUGGAAAGAAAGUUAACGAUGCGCCAGAUGCCAGCCUCUAAGAGAAAAUUGUUCUGAUAUAUGGAGCAUACGCCGGUGAUAUCUGCAACCGUUCCGAUCAUCGACUAGGUUAUUUUGAUAACUGUUUCGAUUUGAUCUUUGAUUGUUCGAAAUUCCAAUACCUUACGUGAGUUUAACAUGCUAUCGACAAUUUCUCUGUUAUUCUGAUAGUUCGUGAGUUGCAUUAUUUUUCGUUACAGUUUAACAGAGCUUGUUUCGUUACAUUCUAUGUUAUAAUCGUUAUGAACAGCUCUAUUAGUUGGUAUCAGUGUGGUUCGAUUGGGUGUGCUUGUGGGUGUAGAAAACGGUAUGUUGUGUUCACAGAAUGGAACUCUGUUAUGAUUUGGUACCUUGUAUAAACAAGGGUUUAUGCCUUUGUCGUUUCUUUAAAAGCUGGGUGAAAGUCUUGAGACUUUGUCUCGGAUUUAUCCUCUUGGAUUAUUUUAAACUCCACAAAUAUUUCGAAAGAUUAUCAUUACUUUGUACACUACUACUAACCAAAAUUAUGUUACUUUGAUUCAUGAAUCAAAUAUUUCAGCGGUAAUGAUGCUUGCAGCACAAGGCACUCGAGACGAUGGAGAUUCUAGAGUCAGCAA